AAAAAAGCAUAGAGUAUUUAAUAAAAAUAAGUAGUUAUCGCCGGCAGUAACAACCAAAACCUGAGACAGAUGGCUUUUAGACGACCACUGAUACUAAUCGUCAUCUUCAUCGUUUUAACCGCCGGCGUUGAAAUCACCACCGCCGAUGAGCCGGUACCGACGCCAUGGCCACACCAGUUCCACGCGUUAAUGUUUAUGAACUACUCCGGCGAUCUCUCGAUGAUUGACCUUUGGUACGACUGGACCAACGGUCGUAAUUUCAAUAUCAUCCAGGAGCAGCUCGGCGGCAUUACCUACGACCUUGAAUGGAACAACGGUACAUCCUUUGUCUACACGCUCGACGAAUCAAAAUCUUGCCGCUCAGCUCAGCUCGAGGUUGGAAUCCUGCGUCCAAACUGGCUAGAUGGAGCCAAGUAUCUAGGUCAAAAAAAUGUGAGUGGGUUUCUCUGCAAUGAGUGGGAGAAGGUAGACUUUAUAUGGUACUAUGAGGAUGUUGCAACCAAGAGACCCGUGCAAUGGAUCUUCUAUACAGGGAGGGAGGCUCAUAUAAUGACAUUUGAGGUUGGUGCGGUCCUAGAGGAUGAGAAAUGGCAAGCACCGGUUUAUUGUUUCAACAAAGAGAAGAAGGGUUUAUCAACAAAGGGAGCUUUGAGAGAAUUUAGAGGAUACAAAGAAAAGGCUGCAAUGUAAUGUUAAUAAACGAGACCUUUUUUCUUUUCUUUCUAGAGGAUCAAUCAGGAAGAGCACAAGAGUGAAUAAAUCAUCUACGGAGGA